AUGGAGGAUAAUGACAAGAGGAUGAAUGAGAACAUCCAGUCCUUGGAGGCUCGCGUUGUCAGCCUUAGCCGAAGCACUCAACAAGUAGAACUUCAUCUAACAUCUCUUGAUGAACGCUAUGAGUAUUUAAAUUAUAGGGUCGAUGCAUUUGAGUCAAUUGAUUGA